UCACAGCAUGUGACCCGAGGCUGGUUAAUUGAUCAAUCACAGAUAAAUCUACGUUUCCAUGGUAACCCAAUAAAGAUGUGGAGUACGAAAUAUAAGGACAAGACAUUUAGUAUAAAAUGUACACCUAUAGACCAUGGCUACAGAAAUGAGCAUAUGGAUGAGGAUGGGGGAAUUUUGCCUCAAGCUUCAAAUUCUUUAGUUUGGAUAUCAGUUUUGGAGAAAGGACGUUCAGCACCUCAGGCACAAAGUGAGUAUGGAGCGGUAUACACUCCAGACUGCUACAUGAGCUUUAUGAUACAGACUUUAGAACCUGAAACCACUGGAUUUCAGCUAGAUUUUUAUGUGUAUGAUGGCUCGGGGGAAGAAAACGUGCCUCGUCACCUUGGAUAUUCCUUCCUUCUACCAUUAGAUAUAGUUCAUAGUGUCAACACCAGAGCUGUUCCAAUAACCAGUCUUCAGCAUAAACCUCUUGGCCAGAUCAAAUUUGCAUAUAUGGUAGUGAAGCCAAUGACUGGUCACAAGUUUGACAUGAGUGUAUCCUACCAGAAAUACUGGAAACAUACAAGAGAGCCACUUGAUAUAGGGCAUCGUGGGAUGGGAAUUAGUUACCAUGGUAGUCACAUGCUAGCUACUGUACCAGAAAACACAGUACAUUCUUUGAGGGAGGCUGCAAAUCAUGGUGCUGACUUUGUCGAGUUUGAUGUACAUCUUACAAAAGACAAAGAAGUAAUAGUGUACCAUGAUUUCAAAGUGAAGAUAACUUACAAGAAGAAAAAGAACGGUGGAUUGGAGCUGUUAGAAGUUCCUGUGAAAGAUCUCAAAUUAGAAGAGCUUCAAAAUAUGAAGUUAUGGCACAAGCCAAGGCCAGCUAACCCUGAUGAAGUGAAUUCAGAGGAUGAUUUGCCUGCUGACCUUGAGACAUUUCCCACGUUAGAGAGUUGUCUUAAUGCUGUAGACAAUCAUACAGGCUUUAAUAUAGAACUCAAAUAUCCUCAGGAACUAAGGACUGGUACACACGAGCAAGAAGGGUACUAUGAUAUUAAUGUAUUUAUAGACACAAUAUUACGUGUUGUGUUUGAACAUCAUGGUGGUAGACGUAUUGUGUUCUCAACUUUUGACCCUGAUACUUGUGUGGCCUUACGUCUGAAGCAGAAUCGGUUCCCAGUGUUGUUUCUGACACAAGCUGACACAACAAUGUAUGAACCCUAUGGGGAUAUGAGAACAAGAUCUGUUCCUAUGGCAGCAGAAUUCUGUAUUGCUCACGAUCUGUUGGGUGUAAACCCAAUGUCACAGGUUCUGUUGAGAGAUUUAUCUCUGAUUGACUAUGUCAAGAAUAGUGGCCUCAUUUUGUUCACCUGGGGUGAGGACAACAACAAUGCUGAUGUUAUUGAUAAACUCAAGAAAUUGAAGGUGGACGCUAUAAUAUAUGACAGAAUUGACUGUUUCAAAACAACAAAAGAAAGUAUAUUCAAACUGGAGCACAAGAAAAAGUUGGAGAAAUUACAUGACCAAUAUCCAUCAACAAUUGAUCUGGAAAGUCCAACGAAUAACCUUGAUAGUCCUGGAACAAGUGCUCUAUCAUAGCACUAUUGAUGUGAAAAAUGUGUCGUAACCAUAGAAACUUAUGACAUUUAAUUUUUCAUGCAUGGCAACAAGAUACUUCACUUAUGCAAUUCUUUCUUUACUGGGAGAAUUAUUUUAUUCUUGUUUGUUAUUUUAACAAACAUUCCACUGAUCGUUUUCAGAAUUUUGAUUGUUUUAAUUCUUCUUUGAUUAAUUUUCAAGUAAUUAUUUUGGCAUAUAUGCUGAAUAAUUGAAUCUUUAUGAGCUGCUAUGUGGCAUACAAAAUGGAGAAGGUCCUCUGCUUAUUUUUAUAAAACUUCAUUGACUUAAGGUUUAGGGGGGUAU